AUGGAUCCCAACUUAGAACAACCCUCGCGGUCUAAGAGCCCUCCAAAACCCCCGCGGAAAAGGAAGAGGAUCGUUAUAUCAUGUACUGAAUGUCACCGGCGCAAACAGAAGUGCGAUCGCGAGUCUCCCUGUUCCAACUGCGUCGCCCGCAAUAAAGACAACCUGUGCCAAUACGAGAAUGAAUCCGCGAGGAAGCAGCAACUACUGGAAGACAGCGUCAGUACUGCCGCCGUCAAUGGAGGCGCCUUCAGUGUCAUCAAACCCAACGCAGCCGAUUCCGUCGCCCAAGUUACAGGCUUUGGGUACAACAAAUCAAAUGCCACCAACAAUACAACGCUGGGCAUCUUCAAGAAGCUGCAAGAUCGCGAUGCCCAGACUGCCGACCAGUUCUCGCGACCCCAGACGACUAUGCCAGACCUGAGUGGGCUGCGCGAGAAAUACAAGAGUUUGAUACGGCAAUUACCAUCCAAGGAAUACAUCGAAAAGCUCCUCCCCACCUACUUUCGUGAAGUCAAUUGCUCAUAUUCUCCGUUGGAUGAGGGCUUUUUCAGAGACCUUCUCGCCGAAUGGAACGGUCUAUCCUUUGCGACACUGAACAGAGGCCCUCAAGAGCUCUCUGGGGACAUGCAGUUCUUCCCAGCGCUGCUCUUCCAAUGUCUGGCGCUGGCAUUGCAGUUCCAACCGCUAGAGUACGACCCGACUCUUGACUCCCUCAAAUACGCUGCAGGUAUGUCGUUCGAUGACCUUGCCAGUGAUUACAGCGAAUCCAGCGUCGCUAUCCUAAGUCUACUGGGCAAACGCCACACGACAUUGGUCGCCGUCCAAGCCGGAUUUCUUCGAACUUCAUAUUUGAAAAACGUUGGAAUGGUCACGGAGAGCUGGCAUUCUCUAUCACAGACCAUUCGAGACGCCCAGGAAAUAGGACUACAUAAGGAUUCCCUGCUUCAUUCUCGCCAUCCAGAUGCCAAGCCGGCAGACGUUCUGGAGAACCUUUGGAUUGAACAGUUUCGGCGCAGAAUGUGGUUGAUCAUUUCCGUCUGGGAUAUCCACAUGGCCAUCAUUCUUGGACGACCAACAACUAUAGAUCCCCGAGAUGGCAAGCCUCCCUUGCCAAUUGACGCUCCUUUCCCCCGGAAUCGUCGAGAAGAAGCCCCUUCUCCACGGACCGAAGCCGACGUCCCCACACCCCUAACAAUGCUUCUGUGGAACACGGAAGUCACUGCCCCUCUGUGGGACAUUUUCAUUCUGGAAAAAGAAGACCCGCACCAAAAUAACUUUGCCGAAGUCGAAAAGAUGCACAGGCUAAUCAAUCAAAUCUCCCGGCACUACCCGCCGUUUUUUCGCACGGAGAACCCGGACCUAACAUUCGAUGCCCUACCUGAGUGCUACUGGAUCCCACGUGCUCGACCAGUGUUCCAAAACAACGCGGCCUUUACAAUUAUGGCUCUGCACCGCCCGUACAUCUUCACCAAUUCAUCGUCCCGCACCGCAGCGCUAAAGGCCGGGCUUGACGUUCUCCGCGCACAGCGAACACUUUUCAACCUUCUCAAUAGUACACACUACAAGUGGUUCGUGCUCGUCCUCAACACUUUCGACGCCAUCAUUCUCAUCGCAGCCAUAUACAUUCUCCACCCAUGUGAGAACCGCUCUGAUCUAGAAGAGGCACUGCAGCAUUUCGAGUGGGCUAAAGAGCGAUUCCAGAUGAUGAGCUCGAGAAAUUCGAUGGCGAGGACCGCCUUGGGAGUUGUGAAAGCUAUAAGUUUGCGUCUUAAUAAGGCUUUAAACAUUGGCCAAGGACCUGUUACAAUCAAGACGGCAUCAAGUACUGCGAGUCCAACGUCAGAGAUAGCGUCUUCAACAACGCCGAAUCAAACGUACCCACCUCUCUCUACGCACCCAUCUACCUCAUCCGUAUCCUCGACCCCAACUCAAACACCCUAUACGCUCCCCACGAUAUCCAACCUCACAUCGCCUCCCACCUCGAUACCAGCCUCUUGGGAACAAUACCCCACGUCCUUCGACUGCAGCUCCAUGCCCGUGCUACAACCAAUGCACGAUCUCGUAUACAAAGACCUUGGCUCGGGGAUGGAAACGAGUAGCUAUGACGUGGUAGGCACGUGGGACGCGGGGAGUAUAGGACCGGCAGGAACUGAGGGCAUGGCUGCGCAGCCAUGGAUGUUCGAGGGUGAUUUCGGGAGUGAUAGCUUUUGGGGGGUUAUGAAUAGUUAUAAUCCAUGA